AUGUAUAUAUAUAUAUGUAAAAGAAAAAUAAUAAACCUGGAGGACCAUUUGGUACGUGUCCUUGAACAAAAUCAAGAACUUGUUAAUCUAAAUACAGAUCUACAAAAACAAGUACAUCAUUUAAAACAUGUAACGGUUAGCAAUGAUGUACGAGAUAGAAUCGGUGCUCUCGGAUUUGGUCCCACAGAUUCUUUGGAUUCAAUUUUAAAGCAAAUGAGAGAUGCAUCCGAAAAGAGAAAAGAAUUGGAACAAUUAAGAACGGAAACGUUGAAACAAUUACGUGAAAAACAAUUAGCCGUUAAAAAUGAAACAAAUUUUUCGGAAAAAGCUAAAGCCAUUGAAACAAUCGAAGCAUUGCAAUCGAAAAUCAGGGAACUUGAAAAAAAAACGGAAUUACAAAACGUUAAACACGAAGAACUUAUGAUAGAAAUGGCGGCCAUUAAAAAAGCACAAAGUAUUAAAUUUGUUGCUAAUCCAACAACUGGUCAGUUACAAUUAAAACCUGCAUGUAGGCCAUUAAGCCAUCAAGAAGUUCAAACAUCACCUGAUUCAAAUCCAGGAAGUCCAGGGAUAUAA